AUGAAUAUAGUUACAAAUAACUUCGAGGUCAGAAAUAAUGAACUUUCUUUCAUAUUUUCAUUUAUUUUCUAUGCAAAUUGUUCUUCGCUUAGUGUUCUGUCAAUAUAUUCUUUCAGAAGUUACAAUCAACAAUCUCAAGAUUCGCGGAAAGCCGGAAAAAUCAUGGUACGUCGUUUUUCGUGAUUUUAAAAUUUGAGAAAUUUUGAAUCCUCUAUCCGUAAAGUUUGGUUAUUCACUUAAAAUCUCAGAAUAUUUUUACAUUUCUGGCGUCUAUUUUUGCUCACCAGUGUUUUAGGUGUCCCGGGAGAUUUUCAAAUUGAACAUAACAAACCCCAGCCAAUCCUUUUUAGGCUAGGAUACUGAAAAAAAAAUGAACUUUCAGUUUCUGAAAGGGUAAAACUGAAAAAUUGACGUUUUUUUUCUGAAAGCUUUCAAUUUUCAAUUUUUGAAACCACGAAUUCUCUCAAUCUUCAGAUUUUUGGACUCUUGUUUUUCAUCUCGUCUGAGGAUUGAAAAAUAACAUGGUUUCCAAAAUUGAAAAUUGAAAGGUAAGUUUUUUUCAGUAUGAAAAAAUGUAAAUUUUUCAGUUUUACGCUCUGAAAUUCGGAAAUUCAAUUUUUUUCACAUUACCUAGUUUUUUUCUAUUGAAUUUUCCGAUGUUUAUUGAAAAGAAAUAGUAACUGAUACACUUGUUUUUUAAAACAUAUUGCAAGACUACUGAAAUUUUCAAUUAAAUCAUUCACUGUGCUCAUUUUAUGAAAUUUUUCUUGAAAAAUGAACGACAACAAAAAGAAAAAUCAGAAAAAUUCAGCGUUGUCGUCCAUUUUUCAAGAAAAAUUUCAUAAAAUGAGCACAGUGAAUGAUUUAAUUGAAAGUUUCAGUAGCCCCGAUCUCAAAAAAAAAAAUUCAGUGAGUUCCCGGGCCACUCUAAGGCCUUUAGACAAUUUCCCUAGGCUUAAAAAAAAUUCAGUGAGUUCCCGGGCCACUUUGAGGCCUUUAGAAAUUUUCCCCAGGCUUAAAAAAAAUUCAGUAAGUUCCCGGGCCUCUCUAAGGCCUUUAGAAAUUUUCCCCAGGCUUAAAAAAAUUCAGUAAGUUCCCGGGCCUCUCUAAGGCCUUUAGAAAUUUUCCACAAUCUCGAAAAAAAUUCAGUGAGUUCCCGGGCCACUUUGAGGCCUUUAGAAAUUUUCCCCAGGCUUAAAAAAAUUCAGUAAGUUCCCGGGCCUCUCUAAGGCCUUUAGAAAUUUUCCCCAGGCUUAAAAAAAAUUCAGUAAGUUCCCGGGCCUCUCUAAGGCCUUUAGAAAUUUUCCCCAGGCUUAAAAAAAAUUCAGUAAGUUCCCGGGCCUCUCUAAGGCCUUUAGAAAUUUUCCACAAUCUCGAAAAAAAAUUCAGUGAGUUCCCGGGCCACUUUGAGGCCUUUAGAAAUUUUCCCCAGGCUUAAAAAAAAAAUUCAGUAAGUUCCCGGGCCUCUCUAAGGCCUUUAGAAAUUUUCCACAAUCUCGAAAAAAAUUCAGUAAGUUCCCGGGCCUCUCUAAGGCCUUUAGAAAUUUUCCACAAUCUCGAAAAAAAAUUCAGUGAGUUCCCGGGCCUCUCUAAGGCCUUUAGAAAUUUUCCCCAGGCUUAAAAAAAAUUCAGUAAGUUCCCGGGCCUCUCUAAGGCCUUUAGAAAUUUUCCACAAUCUCGAAAAAAAAUUCAGUGAGUUCCCGGGCCACUUUGAGGCCUUUAGAAAUUUUCCCCAGGCUUAAAAAAAAUUCAGUAAGUUCCCGGGCCUCUCUAAGGCCUUUAGAAAUUUUCCCCAGGCUUAAAAAAAAUUCAGUAAGUUCCCGGGCCUCUCUAAGGCCUUUAGAAAUUUUCCACAAUCUCGAAAAAAAAUUCAGUGAGUUCCCGGGCCACUUUGAGGCCUUUAGAAAUUUUCCCCAGGCUUAAAAAAAUUCAGUAAGUUCCCGGGCCUCUCUAAGGCCUUUAGAAAUUUUCCCCAGGCUUAAAAAAAUUCAGUAAGUUCCCGGGCCUCUCUAAGGCCUUUAGAAAUUUUCCACAAUCUCGAAAAAAAAUUCAGUGAGUUCCCGGGCCACUUUGAGGCCUUUAGAAAUUUUCCACGAUCUCAAAAAAAAUUAACUGAGUUCCCGGGCCACUCUAAGGCCUUUAGAAGUUUUCCACAAUCUCGAAAAAAAUUCAGUGAGUUCCCGGGCCACUCUAAGGCCUUUAGAAAUUUUCCCCAGGCUUAAAAAAAAUUCAGUGAGUUCCCGGGCCACUCUAAGGCCUUUAGAAAUUUUCCCGAGCUAUGUCUGCUAAAAAUUGAAAUAAAGAUGUAAAUCAUUAAAAAUAAUUUCAGAUUUCCAUAACCUUCCGCCCAUUUCUUCUCAUUCUUCAUCUUUUUUUUUAGGUCAGUUUACUUAUGUAUUUUUCCGUAAUUACAAAAACCGUAGUUUUUUCAUCAACUUUUUUACAGAAACUUCACACAGGAUUCAGCAAUCUUGGCGAAUUCGAGGAGGAUAUCAAUUGCAGGUAAUUUUUUGAAAAUUUUCGCGCAAAAACUUUAAUUUUCGAAUUUUGAAUUUUGAAAGCACAGAAGUCUUGAAUGUUCAACAAAAAAUGACCUAAAAAUCAAAAAUCAGGUUUGAUUUUUCAAGAUUUCCUGAUUUUUGGCCCCAAACUUUUCGAAUUUUCUUUUACAUCAGCCUCACCCAUCACCCAUUAUCUCGGAAAAAUAACAACCCGUUAUUUUUUUUAACAUUUGGAAAUUCAAAUUUUUGUUUGGGAUAAUCGUAGUUUUUUCGCCACAAAUUAAAAAAAAUUCGAGCUUUUACAAUUUUGCCAUAUCGAAAAUCAGAUCUAAGACCUGGUCUUUAUGACCAUCUAGAAGUUCACCCGCGCUUCAGAAAAAUUCAGAGACUUCUCAAGCUAUUAUAAGACCAUUUGGAAAUUUGCCCCAGGUUUCAAAAAAAAAUUCUGCUGCUCAAAAAGCCAAAAUUAAUGUCACUCUAUUUUUGUUUUCAGAGAAACGACUUCACCUAUCAAACAAUAAUCAGUCACCCGCAUAACCAUACCCGUGGAUCUUCUAAUUAUUACAUUUUUAUAUGUUUAAUAAAUAUUGUUAGUGAAAUCAAGAUUGUUUAA